UACAGCUGCACCGCAACGACACGCCGCCACCUUCCAUGGCGAGAGCAAGGGGCCUGUGCUGCCUCGCGUCGCCGCUCCGCGGCAAGGCCUCCGACGCCGACUCCCGCCGCCGCCACAGCAGCGCCGCGUGCAUAUGCUGCAUCGGCCCUCACCACAAGCCGUCCGCCGCGGCUCCCGACGCCGACCUGAGCGCGAGGCUGCCGCUCACCAGCUGCUGCGGCAGCGGCGGGGACGCCGUCCGCGGCCGCAGCACGCCGCGCACCCCGAGGACGACGUGCACGCCCACCGCCAGGCGCCUCUGCGGCGUCCGCUCCCGCACCCCGCGCCGCGGGCAGGUCGGCUGCUUCCCCGCGCCGCACGCCGCCGCGAGGACGCCGCGAACCCCCACCACGCCUCUCGGGCGUCGGCAGCAGCAGCAGGGCGCGUGCUGCGUCCGCGUCCCCGCGCAGGGCAGCGCGAAGCUGGGCAGGCGGCGCAGCUGGUUCCGCUCCGCUCGCCAGGCGGUGGCGCAGACGACGCCGCGAUUCCGGGGCGCCAGCCGCGACAUCGCCCGCGCCGCUGGCAGCAGCAGCAGCAACGCCGUCAAGGUCUACGACGCGCGCCUCCCUGAGGCAGAGGCCGCGGCGGCGGCGACGGCGACGGAGGAGGAGGAGACGUGCUCCAACGACGAGUACGCGCUGCUCUGCCGGGAGGGCUUCUCCAGGGAGGACGUGGCCGCGGUCACCAUCCAGGCCUACUUCAGAGGCCACCUGGCGCGGCGGGCGCUCAAGGCGCUCAAGAGCCUGGUGAGGCUCCAGGCGGUGGCGCGGGGCGCGUACGUGCGGCGGCAGGCGGAGGCGGCGGUCCACUGCAUGCAGGCGAUGGUGCGGCUGCAGAUGCGCGUGCGCGCCAGGCAGAUGCUGGCCAAGCCCAAUGACGAGGAGGGGCAGUUCUUGCAGAGCUGACCGAGCUCGACAAAGAGGUCAGGAAAAGGUGAGAGUCCGAGAUGAUCUAUCGGAUGAUCCGUUGGCACGAAUAAGGUAUAAAAUGCUUGUUUUGCGUGAGACAUUUACCCUGGAAGAUCUGUUCUUGUGAUGAACUUUGCUUGGGCCUGUAUCAUUUUCACUUUCUUGUUUGUUUGGUCGACUAGCAAUAUGCGACUGUUGCAUCUUGUAUCAGUGUGUUCCCUUUUUAAUUUUAAAAGAUGUUCUUUCGACGAAAAUUCCUAAGUUAUAGAUCACGCUGAGAUUUGAAUAGCACCAAAAACUGGGAACCUGGAAAUUUCACACGACACUGAAACUUCAAUUUGAUUCAAAAGGGGUGGGGGGGCUACAUUUUAUUACAUGAAGAAGGCCUGACGCAAUUCAGCAGAAAAGCAGAAUGGAACUCGUAGACCCCUCCACCCAGGUGCACGGAACUUGAAAACACCAACCAGACUGCGACGAACUCGAAUACGCCAUGUCGACACAUACGGG